AUGUCGCAGAGUUGGAGCCAGCAUCACCAGGUGGACCAUGCCGGCAGUGGCAGGCCUGUGGGGCAGGCGGGACCAGGGCCGGCGGGCGGCACGCCGCAGAUGGGCGGCGGCGCGGGGCUGCUCCCUGGGCGGCGUGGGUCUGAGGGUCUGAAGACUCACUACACGCUACCGUCAAUCUCGGCGGCGGGGCUGCCGGGGGCGGGAGAACCGCAUGGUGGCAGUCGGCUGCCCCCGAUGCAAAAUGCGUUGGGGGUGGGCGGCGGCGGCCCUGGCAGCAUAGCGAACGGGUUUGCAGUGGGGCGGUUAGAAGGCGCGGUGCCGGUUUCUGGCACGGGCGGCCCGGGCAGUCCGGGACCGCAGGUGCCCGCUCAAGAUGGCUCCGCCUAUCGGCCGUUGAAUGUCAAGGACGCACUCUCGUAUCUGGAGCAAGUCAAGUUCCAAUUCAGCAGCCGCCCGGACGUGUACAACCACUUUCUGGACAUCAUGAAAGAUUUCAAGUCCCAGGCCAUUGAUACUCCAGGGGUGAUUGAGCGCGUUUCAACGCUGUUUCACGGCUACCCAGCCCUGAUUCAGGGCUUUAACACGUUUCUGCCCCACGGUUACAACAUUGAAUGUCCGUCGGAUCCCAAUGACCCAAUAAAGGUUACCACUCCGUUUGGAACAAUUGGUGAGAUCCCCAUCACUGGUGCGGGCGGCAACCACGCGCAUGGAGCCAACACCGAACCGCGUUUACAGUCGACGCAGAAUGUCCCAACGGUCUACCGCUCAGCAGAAGGCUCACCAGCAGCCAUUGCUACGCCUGCCACGACGCAGGAGCAGUAUGGGACAGGCCCCAAGAAAGCGGGUGACGUGGAAUUUUCACACGCCAUAAGCUACGUGAAUAAGAUUAAGACGAGGUUUGCUGAGCAACCCGAUAUCUACAAGCAUUUCCUGGAGAUACUACAGACUUACCAAAGGGAGCAAAAGCCUAUUAAUGAGGUUUAUGCGCAGGUUACGGUGUUGUUCCAAAACGCCCCAGAUUUGUUAGAUGACUUCAAGAAAUUUUUACCGGAUUCAUCGGCUCCUCAACUUCAAUCUCACCAGCAAAUUAAUGGUGCGAUGGUGGCGCCUGGCUUUGGCCAUGCUCAGUCCGGCCUUCAGCAGGCGCUGCCUGGGACGCAGCCGUUGAUGCACCAGCAAAAUCUCCCCCCACUGGGUAAUUUUUCCACCCCUGGAGAUCAUCAUCCUAUGAGUCUACCAUCUGUGCAGGGUCCAAAUGUUGGAUUAUCUCAAGGUCAAUCAGGCCAUAUUGUUACGCAAGGUGUAUCUAACCAGCAUAUCCCCGUUUCGGAUCUCCGUGGCGCCCCGGACGCAUCUUUCCGGGCUUCGGAAUAUAACCAGGUGCAAGAUGUACAAUAUAUGGAGCCUACGGUAAGACCGGAGAUAGAUUUAGAUCCUAGUCUGGUGCCUGUUAUUCCAGAGCCCAUUAAACCUUUAGAAGACGAAUUGAACCUAGUCGAAGAAGCAACUUUCUUUGAUAAGGCUAAGAAAUUUAUUGGAAACAAGCAGAUUUACACCGAGUUCUUAAAGAUCCUCAAUUUGUAUUCCCAAGAUCUUUUAGAAAAGGAGAAGUUGGUUGAAGAUGUUAGUCACUACCUAUCGGGAUCCCCUGAAUUAUUUGAUUGGUUCAAAUCCUUCGUAGGAUACCAGGAGAGACCAAAACACAUAGAAAAUGUUAUUCAUGAGAAACAUAGACUCGAUUUGGACCUCUGUGAAGCAUGUGGGCCAAGCUAUAAACGGUUGCCCAAGGCAGAUACCUUUAUGCCCUGUUCGGGUAGAGACGAGAUGUGCUGGGAAGUACUUAAUGAUGAGUGGGUGGGACAUCCGGUCUGGGCCUCGGAAGACUCAGGUUUUAUCGCCCACAGGAAGAACCAGUAUGAAGACACUUUAUUUAAGAUUGAGGAAGAACGGCAUGAGUACGACUUCUACAUUGAAGCGAACUUGCGGACUAUUCAGACGCUCGAGACUAUUGCGAACAAGAUAGCUAAUAUGACACCAGAAGAGAAGGCUGCAUUCAAACUACCACCAGGUUUGGGCCACACAUCGGUGACGAUCUACAAAAAGGUGAUACGCAAGGUCUAUGACAAAGAUAGGGGUUUUGAAAUAAUCGACGCUUUGCAUGAGCAUCCGGCCAUCACUGUUCCGUUGGUUCUAAAAAGAUUAAAGCAGAAAGAUGAGGAAUGGAGAAGAGCGCAACGCGAAUGGAAUAAGGUUUGGAGGGAAUUGGAACAGAAAGUCUUCUAUAAAUCUUUGGAUCAUCUAGGAUUGACUUUUAAACAAGCUGAUAAAAAAUUAUUGACCGCAAAGCAGUUAAUUUCUGAAAUAAGCAGCAUUAAAGUAGACCAAAGCAAUAAGCGGAUCCAUCCACUCACUCCCAAAGCGAAAAGCCAACUGAGCUAUGAUUUUAAAGAGCCGGAAGUGUUUCAAGAUAUUUUAUCUCUGGUAAUGGUUUUCCUAGCCAACAACAACACGUAUUCUCCAUCUGACAAUGAGCGGCUAAAAGAUUUUUUCAAGGGAUUUAUUUCUCUUUUCUUUUCUUAUCCUCUUCAUGAAAUAGAAGAGGGCCUCCUAAAAAGAUCUUCGCAAAAUGGAACAAUUAGCCAUGGAGAUGAUACGAGGAAAUCUAAAGAAGACCCGAAAACCGAAAAGCAUUCCGCCAGGAAGCGUGUUCGUGAUGACACAGAGCAUUUGCUAAGAGAUAUCCUGUACAGAAACAAACAACAGAAGGUGAAUAAGGGUCCGCAAAAUGACCAAUCUUCUGAAGAAUUUGAGAAGGAAUCUGAUAUAGAAGAAAAGGAGAUUGUGCGUCAAGAAGCCAAGAAGCCAUGGCUUUUAGGCAGUAUCGUUGAUGAAGCUGACAAUCAUGGUCAUGUUAGUGACCGUGUGACCUUCAAUAUGUUUGCUAACACAAAUAUUUACGUCUUCUUCCGUCACUUGACCACGAUGUAUGAAAGGUUAGUCGAAGUCAAGAAAAUAAAUGGGGAAGUAACCAAGGAAAUAUCAAACAGAAAGGUAGUGCAAUUUGCAAAGGAUCUCAACUUGAUUUCUACGCAGCUAACAGACAUGGGGUUGGAUUUCAAGGGGGCCGACGCAUACGAAGAACUUCUACGUUUGUCUAGAAGCCUAAUUAGUGGUGAAUUGGAACAUCAAUGGUUUGAGGAAAGCCUUCGUCAAGCUUACAAAAACAAGGCCUUUAAAUUGUACACUAUUGACAAAGUUAUACAAGCCUUGGUUAAGCAUGCCCAUACAAUACUUAUGGAUCACAAGACCGUAGAGAUAAUGUUAUUGUUUGACAACGACAGGACUAGCACUUCAACCAGCACCAAAGACCAAAUUCUCUAUCGCUUACAAGUUCGCUCCAACAUGUCAAAUAUUGAGAAUAUGUUUCGCAUAGAGUAUAAUACAACAACUUCGCAUGCUAGCAUACAGUUUGUUGCCGUUGAAGAUCUAACCCUGGAUGAACCAAAAUCCUUGAGGGACAAGUGGCAAUACUACCUCACCUCCUACUCCUUGUCGCAUCCUACUGAAGGUAUCUCCCACGAUAAUUUAAGAACACCAUUCCUCGAAAAAAUUAUUGAGAGGGAUGAAGGGUAUAUUGACGAUGGUGAUGAGCGCUAUUCGCCAGAAGGCGUUGCGUCUUCUAACAUGAAGGUUAAGAUUGAUCCGCUAACAUAUUCAAUGGAAGUUGAACCAGGUUGCCAUGAUAUUUUUUCAAGAAAAUCAGUCAAUAAGUUUCCGACAAGGGUGGAUGUCAAGAAGAAGAAGUCUGCAGAACUAAAGUUAGUAUUAGAAGGAUUUUUGAAUGGUGAGCGCGGCUGGAAGAGAGGUCUAACUACAAAGCGGACAGCAGAGGCAGAAAGACGGCUAGAAUACGUUAAAAAUAAUGGUACUUUAGAUGACUAUGCUGAAGAGAUUAGUACGGACACAAAAGCUGCAUUGUCGACAACUACGGAUACAGCUGGGAAUGUAUCGACAGCCUCUUUUUCUUCACAAACUGCUGCCAAUGCAGCUAUCUCAGCUUCUUCCCCAGAAUCUGCUUUGCAGUCUAAUAAUGGCAAUUCUGAAGUCACUUCUCCCAUCGCAAAUGAUAUCUGA